AUAAGCAGGUGGAAUGAACAUUUUUCGGUCAAUGUUUCGGUGGGUUCAUUGAGUUAUAAUAAGAACGGGUAGGUUACCGGGAGUUUAGUGCAUAUUAUCCUGCAUGUGAAUUGAUGGUAAAUCGGGGCAUUAGUUGUGAUAUGUCAGGCAGUCGUCGAAUGAGGUAUCAACUGAUGCCUACAGCAAGAUAGCGCACGUUGUAGGCUAAAGCUAGUAUACCAAUAUAAUUGUGUUUCAUAAGGAAAUUGAGUUGUCCAGAUUGCCUGUAGCCUAUUUGGUUUAGACAUUUUACUCGUGCGCCUAUUAUAUAUUUCCUGCUAUAGGCUUUGUUCAUAAUAUUCAGUAUUAUCGUACUGAUUUAUUCUAUUAUAAAGGUUCUCGUCACAUUUAGCCUAUUGAUUAAGCUGAAACUUCGACUGUUAUCUGUUAGUAAGUGGCAUAGUAGCCCAUGACUUAAUUGAAAUUGUUGGUGAGCGUCAAGACUAUUACACUUUUACAAUGGGAGUGGGAUCCGAAAAGACAUCAUCCACCACCUUGGGAGUUUACAAAGAGGAGACUGAUAUUGUUUUGAAAGCACCCUUAAACGUGAAUGCUAUGUUAUCAAAGAAAGUGGGGCACGCGACAGCAGAAAGAGCCACCUGGGGUCGCCGCCUUGAGUUCGUCCUCGCGUCAGUGGGGUACGCGGUGGGACUUGGGAACGUGUGGCGCUUUCCAUACCUCUGCUACAGGAGCGGUGGAGGUGCCUUUCUCAUUCCUUACUUUCUCAUGCUGUUUCUGUGUGGCAUCCCCCUUCUCUUCAUGGAGUUUGCUAUUGGGCAGUACACCCGUCUGGGACCGGUGCAUGCUCUAGCCACAAUCUGCCCCUUGUUCAAAGGUGUGGGCAUUGCCACAGUCGUGAUCUCCUUUGUGCUCUGCACCUACUACAACGUUCUUAUGAGCUGGGCACUCUACUACUUCUUCAACUCAUUCCGAGCCAUCUUCCCCUGGCAGUCCUGCAACAACACUUGGAAUGCCGUGGGUAACUGCUCCAGCGGUUUUCCUGGAAACGCCACCCACCUGCAAUCAGCCAGUCAGCAGUACUUUGAUCACAGGGUUCUGGAGAUAACCAAUGGUAUUGAGGAGGCAGGAGGACUACGCUGGGAGCUGUUUGGCAUCCUCAUCCUGGCCUGGGUCAUAGUCUACUUGUGCAUCUUCAAAGGCGUCAAAUCAACUGGCAAGGUUGUUUAUUUCACAGCCACGUUCCCAUACUUUAUUCUGUUCGCCUUGCUCAUCAACAAUGUCCAGCUUCCCGGGGCCAAGGAUGGGAUGCUCUACUUCCUGAAGCCUAAGUGGAGCAAGCUGCUUGAAGUUCAGGUGUGGGUUAACGCUGCAGCCCAGGUAUUCAACUCCAUUGGAAUUGGAUUUGGCUCCAUGAUCUCCAUGGCCAGUUACAACAAGUUCAACAAUAACAUCCUUAGGGACACAUUGAUUGUCUCUUUAGCUAACUCGGCCACCAGUAUCCUGGCUGGCUUUGUGAUAUUCUCAGCAAUCGGCUACAUGGCUCAUGUCCACAACCUCCCAGUGGACAACAUCGCCACAGAUGGUCCUGGCUUGGUGUUUGUGGUGUAUCCAGAGGUCUUCUCCACUAUGCCUCUGCCACAGUUGUGGGCUCCUCUGUUCUUCUUCAUGCUUCUCUGCCUGGGACUGGACAGCCAGUUUGCCAUGGUGGAGGUGGCGGUGACGUCCAUAAUAGAUGGCUUCGGCCCGAAGGUGCUGCGUGUCCUGAAGAGACAGGAGAUCAUCGUUCUGGCCGUCUGUGUUAUGGGCUUCCUUCUAGGCAUUCCUCACAUCACUAAGGGGGGCAUGUAUGUGUUCCAGCUGAUGGACCACUACACUGCUGUGGUGUCGCUCAUGUUCCUGUCCUUCUUUGAAGUCAUCGCUGUCUGCUGGGUUUUCGGACUGCGUCGGAUGACCAUCAUGAUCAAGAGAAUGUUGGGAAAGGCUCCCAACAUCUAUUUCCGCUCCUGCUGGAUGGUCUUCUCCCCUGUGCUGGUCCUGUGCAUUCUGAUCUCCAGCAUCAUCCAGUACACGCCAGCUCGCUAUGGGAAGUCAUACACAUACCCUGUCUGGGCAGAGGUGGUGGGCUGGGGAAUCUCGCUGGUCUCCAUCGUGUGGAUCCCACUGGGAGCCCUGCAAGAGAUCUGCAGAAAUAAGGGCUCACUGCUGCAGAGAAUAAAAACAGCUGUGACUCCUACAAUAGAGUUGGAUCCUGUCAACCAUCUGCCAGAGGAGCAGAGCGAAGACACACCGGAGUCUGUUUUCUUGUCUAUCAUCACUCCUCUGUAACCACAGCCAGUAUGUCUUAAGUGCUUGCGUGCGUGAGUCAGUGUGACUGUGAGUGCUCUAUUGGUAUGGGAGGUGUGGGUUGUUAGGUAGGUUACAGUUUAUGUAAAUAGCAUAUUUACUUGUUUUACACUUGUCACUCUGGUAAUCUCUUCAACCAACACCUCUCCCCCUGGACAUAACAUAUUUUGUCUCCCAAUUUGAUUUUGAAUUCCAUGACCUCAAUGGUCCAGAUAGAUAUUUGGCCGAGUAACUCUUUGAACCAACAUUACUAUCUUGUGGCUGUUUCAAAGUUUUUAUUCACAUCGUGAGGUUCAUUUGAGGCUCAUGUGAAUAGUGAACUCAGCAAUUGACUGAACAAACACUAGGCUGGUCUAAUAUAGAAACAUGCAUAUGAUAAUAUGCAAGAUAAUAUGCAAUUAGAUGUAUGGCGGUUAUAUGGUGUGCCUUUUACUGAUAACUGUAAGAAGGGGAACCACUGCAGUGUUGCCAUGACCAGUAGUGUAAAGUUCUUAAGUAAAAAUACUUAUGUUAUUUUUUGGGUAUCUGUGCUUUGCGUUACUUUGACAACUUUUUAUUUUACUUCACUACAUUCCUAAAGAAAAUGAUGUACUUUUUUCUCCAUACAUUUUCCCUGACACCCAAAAGUUCUCGUUACAUUUUGAAUACAGUACAUAGCAGGACAGGAAAAUGGUCUAGUUCCCACACUUAUCAAGAGAACAUCCCUGGUCAUCCUUACUGCCUCUGAUCUGGCAGACUCACUAAACACAUGCUUCAUUUGCAAAUGAUGUGUUGAUGCGUGCCCCUGGCUAUCCAUAAAUUACAAAUAAAAAUAAAUAAAUUGGUGCCAUCUGGUUUGCUUAAUAUAAGGAAUUUUUAAUUAUUUAUACUUUUUCUUUCAAUUUUGAUACUUAAGUAUAUUUUAACAAUUACAUUUACUUUUGAUACUUAAGUAUAUUUAAAACCAAAUACUUUUAGAUGUUUACUCAAGUAGGAUUUCACUAGGUGACUUUUCCUUGAGUCAUUUUCUAUUAAGGUAUCUUUACUUUUACUCAAGUAUGACAAUUGUGUGCCUUUUCCACCAGUGGCCAUGACAUCUGUUAGUGGGGAAAGUCCAGGGUUCUGUCAUUAUUCAUCUGCUUUAUUACACUUUAUUACACAUGGUAUCAUUGAAGUCUUAAGGGUUCUGGUUGAAGUUUUCUAUUUGAAGUUUUCUAUUUGAAUUGCUCUGCCACAGUCUGGGCCUUUGUCGUAUGUCAUGUUUGUUUGCCACAAUGACAAUUAGAGCUCAGCAUUACCAGGAGUGCCUUUUGUCAUUAAAAGAUCCAAUGACAUUGGAAGUGGCUUUGGACUAUACGACUGAAUUUACAAUGGGGUGUCUUUUGAGGGGUCACAGAAAUAUAUAGACGGGUGGGUUGUUUAGCAACAAAACCAAUGAAUGCUCAACUGUGGAGCAAAACAGUCAGGUUGACUUAGAAUCAAAGGAUUGACAACAUGUAAACUAUAUUUCCUCUCCAAAUCUUUAUUGAAAACAUAAAUACAUUUGCACAAUGAGCACUUGUUGUCUCUCAAAUACAUUGUUACAUUUGUAAUUUUAGCCAUAUUAGCAUAGACAUGACAAGAGUAAAACACCUCAAAACAAGACAUGGUAUCAAUACACAAUGAUCUAAAACGAGCUUCUUGUCAUUGUUGCUAGCUAUCUGACCGUCCAGAAUCAUAACAACACACGGACUUCUGUCCCAUCGACACGGGUGCGUAAUUUGUGACGUUGUCAGCUAACCCAUCUAUAAGUUCAAUUUGGUAUAGUGACUAAGUGUAGAUAACUUUUCCACUGGCCUUGUGCCCUGUAUCAACAUUUCUUCAUUUUUUUGCAUGAUCAAUAUUUGAUGAAGAUACCCCGCCAAAAUAUCAUAGAGAAUAUCACCGAACCAGGUUGAGUAUAAUUUACAAACGCACAAAAUAUAUAUUUUAGAGGUGUGUUUACUCUCUUUUGAUAUAAAACAAGAUCUUAUUCACAUUUAGUGAGCUAUUAAGAAUGUAUUUUGUGCCUGUUUGUUUGACAAACAGCAUUUUUUCUUCACAAAUUACAAUUAGUAAAUUAUGUUUAUGAUGACAAGCAUAUAUUUUUCUACAAUUACACAAACCACAAUAGCAGAUUAAAAAGAUAAUCAUGGCUCUGA